UUUUCGUUUUGAACUUUCCCAGGCUUACAACAGCCCACUCAGACUUUCCUUUUCUGCAUAAUCAUUGCUGUGCCAGAUCUCCUUCAAUCGGGAAAGGGCUCUGUGACUUUCAUCUACCUGCUCUUUGUUUGCGUCUACUUCACCAUCUACUCUACUACUUGACACUUCACCAGCACUCAUCCAAGCUUUCUAAUUGUGCUGAGGCUAUAGUGGUCCGGCAUCUUACUGGCCAUAUCGUACGAGCUAUCAGCGAUCACCUUACGAUUUCCAGCUGUAUCUGCAAUCUAGUCCCAAUACCACUCCGACAAACAUGAACGAUAAAGGAUCGCCCGUUCCCCCAAGCACCUCUGGACAGUAUAGCAUCUGUAACGACUCGAACAACGAUCCGUCUUUCAUGCUAGCAGCAAUGGGUGUCCAGUGCACUGAAACCAUCGGUCACGAUGGUACACUUCCUCUGACGACCUCCAAGAUGCUCAAUAAUCAGCAGUGUCGCGCUACCACAGCUCGGACUCCAUCUUUCAAGAAACCUGAUGAGUCGUCCGAGAACUCCGCAAUCCUUGAUAAGCUUCUCAACUCUCUGACCACCAAUGUCAGCCGUGCGAACAUUCAUAAUGGACACGCCAAGGUUGCCGAGCAGGAGAAGUCCAACAAUGUGGAAUCUUCCCCUUCCGCAAACCACAUGACUCCACGUUCUUCGCGCUGCGAUGAGCCGAGGUCAUCCCCUGACGCCCAGGAGAUGGAACGCUUGAAGCAAGAGCUUGUAGAUGCAAAAAGUCGGAUUGCCCGUAUGGACCAAGAAUUGCACGAGACCCGGAUCACCAAGCACACCAUGGAACACGCGACUGGCCCACCAUCUGAGGUCGAUUUCAAAGGUGACGUCACAGAUCAGACUAUCAGCAGCUUGCAAAUCAACUUCAACGCUGCCACUCGCGGUAUCGGAUCUCGUCAAGAAAGCUGGCAGCUUCAAGCUGAAGAUGCACGCUCAGAUACAAGUGAGGCUCUCUCGGCUGGUGUCACUAAUCGCGUUCAAGGCAACUGGAUGAAUACGGGAACAAAGAAUGGCUUUGCUUGCAACGUCUCUGCGCCAGUAGAGCAAGGAUACAUAGCCCCGACUAACAACAACUGGAAUAUGAACGGGCUUAGACCGUGGUAUGGGGCUAACAUUGGCCAAGGACUCAACGCCACUGGCUUUAAUCCUCCUCAACCUCCUUCACGGUCUAAUCCUGGCCUCCGCAUUGACACUUAUCGCAACAAUCAAAUGCUUAAUGAGCCAGCUCACUUCCCGCUCGACCAUAGCUUACGUCGUGGAGUCAGCAAUCCACCAAGUCGUCCUCCGUCCGCGUUUGACAGCCGCCUUGGAGCAUGGGGCACAUAUUCUGGGAGUGCUAAUUCUGUAGACGGCGCUGGAGUUAGUCCUCCUUUGACUCCCCUAUCCGCCCAGUCUAUGGGAAUGUACUCCAUGGGAUCGCAGCAAUACCAACCGCGGGCCAUUGGCACUCGCCUUUCGCCCACUGCGGCGGAAUUCAGUUUUGACGCAGCUGUUCCAUCGCCCUGGAACAAUCCCUCUCCGGACGCUGCAGGUACAUAUGUCGCUUCGGUCGAACCAAUGAACUAUCGCCGCCUGCUUGACCGCAACAUGACUUGUAACUGGAAGUACAUCGUGGACAAGAUUGUAUGCAACAACGACCAACAAGCUUCAAUCUUCCUGCAGCAAAAGCUGAAGGUCGGCACAGUUGAGCAAAAGCAUGAGAUAGUCGACGCUAUCAUAGCACAGGCCUAUCCUCUCAUGAUAAAUCGUUUUGGUAAUUUCCUGGUGCAGCGAUGCUUCGAGCACGGUACCCCGGAGCAAGUCGUACUGAUAGCCAACGCUAUUCGUGGCAACACUCUGACUCUCAGCAUGGAUGCUUUUGGCUGUCAUGUUAUUCAGAAAGCAUUCGAUGCCGUUCCAGAAGAAUACAAGGCUCUCAUGGUCCAUGAGUUACUCCGUCGCAUCCCGGAAACUGUCAUUCAUAGAUAUGCAUGCCAUGUUUGGCAGAAACUGUUCGAGCUUCGUUGGAGUGACUCACCCCCCCAAAUCAUGAAAUACGUCAACGAAGCUCUUCGUGGCAUGUGGCAUGAGGUUGCUCUGGGUGAGACCGGCAGUCUUGUCGUACAGAAUAUAUUCGAGAACUGCUUGGAAGAAGACAAGCGUCCUUGUAUUGGUGAGGUCCUCCAGGCCAUUGAUGUUAUCGCACAUGGUCAAUUCGGCAACUGGUGCAUUCAGCACAUCUGUGAACAUGGUGCCCCUGCCGAUCGCAGCAGGGCUAUCGACCAUAUUCUUCGCUUUGCGACAGAGUAUAGCAUGGAUCAGUACGCAUCAAAAGUGAUCGAGAAGUGUCUGAAGAUUGGAGGAGGAGAGUUCUUGGACCGCUAUCUCGAAAGAGUCUGUGAAGGUCGCGCCGACCGUCCACGCAUGCCCUUGAUCGACAUCGCUGGUGACCAGUUUGGAAAUUACUUGGUACAGUAUAUACUCACCCAUGCCGGUUCUCAGCAUCGAGAGGUCGUUGCUAGUCAUGUUCGAAAGCACAUGGUCUCCCUUCGAGGCUCAAAGUAUGGCUCUCGAGUCGCUAUGUUAUGUUGUAAUCCAGCAUUCGCCACCCGUCCUGGACCUCCAGCUGGAAUGCAACUGAACCGUUACAGCACUGGUCAUACCACUGCUGUUCGUCCCGUCUACGGCGGAGCUUACCGUUGAAAAGAUAAACUUGUCUUACAUCUUGUCGUCUCAGGCUGCUAUUCAUGAUCUCUCACUGGACGCUUCAUCCAUAUGUUUCACCACUUAAAAUCGCAUCUCGCCG